AUGCAUGUUGUUGGUCUGUGGGAGGGAAACCCCAUGUGCACUAUUUUGUCUGGCUGUAGUGUGCUGCAGACCUCCAGCUUGUUUCUCCGCUGUGCCCACCUGGUCUCUCCCGAUGCGUUCCUGUCACUGUGUCAGAAGGAGGCCUGCUACUGCAACCAGAAGGCCACAGAAGACUGCUACUGUCCGGUCUUGUUGGAGUACGCUCGCACAUGCCAUGCUCACGGGGUGCUCCUGCACGGCUGGCUGGAGGAGAGCCAGUGCUUUCCCAAGUGUCCAAUUGGCAUGCAGUACAGUGAAUGCACCAAGUCCUGUUCUACAACCUGCCACAGUCUCAACAUACAGGAGGUCUGCAGAGAAGAAUGUGUGGAUGGCUGCACAUGUCCCAGUGGGAAGAUUUUAGAUGGUAAUCGCUGUGUGGAGGUUUCUCAGUGUUCCUGUGCACACAUGGGGCGACAUUUCCCUCCAGGGUCUACAAUAUCUCAGGACUGUAAUACAUGUGUGUGCCGCCACGGAUCCUGGGAAUGUACCAACGAAGGUUGUCCCGGGGAGUGCUUAGUUGUUGGCCAGUCUCACUUCAAGACCUUUGACAACAAAUUUUUCACCUUCACCGGCCACUGUCAGUAUCUGCUGGCAAAGGACUGCACACAUGGAGAGUUUUCUGUCAUAAUUGAGAAUGUACAGUGUGCAGACGAUCCGGACGCUGUUUGCACGCGUUCAGUGACGCUCAGCCUUCCCUCUCUGGAGAACAUGACGGUGAAGCUGAAGCAUGGAGGAGUUGUUUCUGUCAACAGUAUGGACAUCCAGACCCCAAUGCACCAUGGUCACCUACAUAUUGCAAGGUCCGCUCAGUCUUCUGUUCGUGUGAGGUUUGGUGACAACCUCCGUCUGGAUUGGGACGGUCGAGGCCGCGUGCUUCUAAAGCUGGGACCACGAUGGGCAGGGCAGACCUGUGGUCUCUGUGGAAACUACAAUGGAAACCAUGGAGACGACUUCCUGUCUAGUUCUGGACUGGUUGAAGCGACUCCUCAGGCGUUUGGUCAAGCUUGGAGGAUCAAUGGAGAUUGUGAACCUACGCACAAGCAUGAAACGGAUCCCUGUGCCAUUAACCCCAAAAGAGUGCGUUUUGCAGAAGAGGCAUGCGCAGUGAUGAUGUCAGACGUGUUCAGUCCGUGCCACUUUCUGGUGAACCCGGCUCCGUUCCAGAGGUUUUGCCGUUAUGACGUGUGCGCUUGCGGGGAUGGCGAGGAAUGCCUCUGCUCUGCUCUGGCUGCUUAUGCUGCUGCUUGUUCUGCACGAGGGGUGCUGCUCAACUGGAGGUCUCCUUCACUCUGCGAGAUGCAGUGCUCCAGAGGUCAGGUCUAUGAGGCCUGUGGGAAUUAUUGUGAUCGGAUGUGCCGCUCUCUGUCCGAGCCUGAGCCCGGCUGUAAGGGGGAGAGGGUGUGUGAGGAGGGAUGUUUCUGUCCUCCUGGGAAGUACCUGAGCACCUCUGGAGAGUGUGUGACAGCCGACUUGUGCUCCUGCCAGCAUGAUGGACAGAUCUACCAGCCCAAUGAUGUCUACGCGGAUCACAACAGCAUCUGCUCCUGUGAGAAUGGCUCUAUGCAUUGUAGCUCCACUGAAAUGGCUUCAUUUCUGUCCGAUCUCUUCUAUGAUGAUGAAACAAUCCCAUCCAGAGGGCGGCGAUCAGCCCAGUGUCCCCCUCCCCUUAUUCGUACAGAGUGUAAUCCAGGUGAAAAGGGCCUGGAGUGUGCCAGAACUUGCCAGAACCUGGACCUUCCUUGUAUCAGUCUUGCCUGCAUCCCCGGCUGCCUCUGUCCACCAGGCACUGUACGUCACCGCAGGGACUGCAUUCCACCAGAGCAGUGUCCCUGUUACCAUAACAACAGACCAUACGCAGCCGGACAGACCAUCGGCGUUGACUGCAACACCUGCGUGUGUGAGAACAGGAAAUGGCGAUGCACAGAGAAGUUGUGUGAUGGUGUGUGCCGCACAGUGGGGGAGGGGCAUUACAUCACAUUUGAUGGCCUAAAGUACUCCUUUCCUGGUCUUUGCCAAUAUGUCCUGGUCCAGGACAUGUGUCAUGGAGAGGAGGGUUCCUUCAGAGUCUUGGUGGAAAAUGAAGCCUGUGGUAUUGUGGGUCAUCGCUGUGCGAAAGCAAUUACAGUUUUCUACCAGGGUGGGCUGAUUGUACUGGAACAUGGAGAGGUGAAGAUGAAGAGGCCAGUGCCGCAGAGUUCACAGGUGGAGAUCGUCCGAUCUGGUCAGUUUUACACCCUUCUGCUGGGGAAACACAUCUCCCUCAGCUGGGACAAAGGAACUCGCAUCCUGGUUCACAUCUCAGCUUCAUACAGGGGGCGUGUGUGUGGUCUUUGUGGUAACUUUGAUGGGAACAUCAACAACGAUUUGAUGAGCAGUAACCACCAGCUGGAGGUGGACUCAUCACACUUUGGGAACUCCUGGAAGGUCGUUCCCAGCUGUGCUGAUGUAACGGAGAUAGCAUCUCCCUGUGGCAACAACAUUGUGAAGAUGGUUUCAGUGGAGCAAUCGUGUCACGUGUUCACUGGUCCCCUCUUCAAAGAAUGCAACAUCCAGGUGGAUGCAGAGCCAUAUGUGGAGAUGUGCGUGGAGGCAGCAUGCUCGUGCUCAUCAAUAGGCGACUGCGCAUGCUUCUGUGAUGUAAUUGCGGCCUAUGCUCAAGCUUGCUCAGAGAAGGGUGUGUCCGUCAUGUGGAGAUCCAAUGAUCUUUGUCCCAUGAGCUGUGAGGAACUGAACCCUAAGAUCUCAGGUGCAGGGGAGGAGAUAUGCCAGUGGAGGUAUAACUCAUGUGGUCCUGCCUGUCCAGUCACCUGCCAGCACCCAGAACCACUCCACUGUUCACUUGCAUGCGUGGAAGGCUGUCAUGCUAACUGUCCUGCAGGUCAGCUUCUGGAUGAGGUGGCUAUGCGAUGUGUAGAUCCUUCUCAGUGUCAAGUGUGUAUCCAUGAGGGUCAGAGAAUCUCCCAUGGCAACAAGGUCAUCCUGAAUCAUGCUGACCCCAACCACUGCAAGAUAUGCCACUGUGAGAACAACUCCCUGAGCUGUGAAGACUGCACUUCUCUCAGCACGUUUUCUACACCCACACCAACACCGUCUUAUGGCACCUUCACAGCCAUGCCCUUCUCCACCUUGAUGCCCGAGGGCACGUGUGAUCGUGCCAUGGAUCUGGCUUUUUUGCUGGAUGGUUCUGAAGCCCUGAGCGAAGAUGAAUUUCAGGCAACUAAAGAGUUCAUACUGGGAGUGGUGGAACGGUUCAGAAUGGGCUCAGCGCACACUCGAGCCACAGUGCUGCUUUAUCACUCUGGAGUUAAAACAUAUGACCUGCAGGUCCAAAAGUGGCUGUUCAAGAAGACCGUGCGUGAGCUUCACUACACUGGUGGAGAUGCAGCCUUCCUUGACGAGGCUGUCAAAUAUCUAGCCAUCAACAUCUAUGAUAAGAACAAGCGUGAACAUGCUGGUCGUGUUGCCAUCAUCUUGACUGCCAGUAGUAACCCUCGUCCCGUUCGUGCCAUUGUAAAGAUGAUCCGUAAGAAGGCCAUCACUACUUUGACAUUGGCUCUAGGUCCAGGGGUAGACAUGAGGCAAAUUAAUGACAUCACCAGUGCCAACCCAGACAACAGGGCCUAUGUGCUGAGCAGCACAGGAGAACUUCCUGAUCAUCUGUUAGACUUGACAGAUUACCUCUGCACUUUGGGGAUGGAGCCUGAAGGGCCGAAAACUCCAAAACCAACACCUGCCAAAACCACAACCACCCCUCUAACAGCAUCACAUGUAGAGCCAAGCCAUCAUUUCCCCAUCUCCACAGCUUUCACUACAUCAUCUACAUUGACUCCUGUUGCCACCUUGCCUUCUGACCACCCUCCAGUCACAGAUGUGACAUUCAUCCUGGAAGGUUCUGACUCUGUUGGAGAGGCCAACUUCAACAAGUCUCUAAUCUUCCUGGAGGAAGUUAUAUCACAGUUGGCAGAAGAGGAAGAGUUCAUUCUCAUCACUGUUAUUCAAUAUUCUGUAACGGUCACUGUGGAGAUCCGUCGGUGGGAGCUAAGACAGCAGAGAUACCACUUGAUGCAAAGACUUCAGGAGAUUCGUUGGAGAGGCGGAAGCAAGACAAACACUGGAGCAGCUGUCAGUAUGACUAAAGAAAUCACGAAAAUCAAACCAUCAAGCAGUCCCACCAAGCCUCAGCUUGUCUUUCUGGUGACAGAAAACCCACCUACCGACACAGUGACACGUCCAUCAACUACAAACACCCAAACAAACGUGUAUCCUAUAGGUGUUGGACCAAAUGUGCGUGAAAUGGACUUGUUGUCAUUUAGCUUCCCUCACCAACCAAUGAUGGUGGAUGACUACAACCAUCUAACAACUCUAGUCCAUCGUGUGGUCAACAUCACACAAACCACUGUCAGGCCCCGAUCACCUACACUGCCUCCCCUAGUCCUCCCAACACACUCCACCCUGCCACCAACAGUGCCGUGUAAGAAGCCUGUGGAUGUGUUGUUCCUGUUGAAGGCCGGAGACCAGUUUGAGGAUAUGAAGACAUUUGUCAAAGCUUUCAUCAGUCAGUCUGACAUAGGACUGAAUGGCACUCAGGUGAGUUUGGCUCAGUAUGGAGAGACCAACAUGGCUGAGUUUACGUGGAAGAAUCAGCAAAACAAGUCAAACCUCCUGAAUCUGGUGGACAGCAUCCCAAGCAGGGCCUCUGCAGCCCCAGCCCUGGGGUCUGCGUUGCGAUUCGCCUUGCAAACAUCUAUCUCACCUGCCAGCGGUGGGAGAGUUGGUGUACCCAAAGCUGUGGUGAUGCUGGUGACUGAUAAAUCCACAGAUGAUGUCAAAGAGGCAGCUAAGGAGGCACUGGCAGCAGGUGUGUCAGUGUUCCCCAUUGGAGUUGGAUCAGUUUAUGACACUAGCGAGCUCAGAGUACUAGGUCGCCAUGCCAACCAAGACAACUCUCUGCACCUGAAGAACAUGGAUCAGCUCAGGAUAUUUCUGACUUUGGACAACAGCUACACAGAGAAAAUCUGCAGGGCUGGUCCACCAGGGGUCUGUGUUGAUGAUAACGGGAAUGAGAGAAAGCCCGGUGAAUCAUGGCUGCUGGCAGACGGCUGCCACUUCGUCUUGUGUCACCCCAGUGGAGCAGUGAUGGUACAAAAUCACAAAGUCAGCUGUGACAAACUGGAGGCACCAGCAUGCAGAAACAACAUGCAACCUGUCAGAGCCGAGGGGCCUUGUGGCUGCCACUGGGAGUGUCCCUGCAUGUGUAUGGGCAGCUCCACCAACCAUGUGGUGAGGUUUGACAGCUUGGCUCUCAGGCUGGACGGGGAGGGUUUGUGCUCCUACACGCUUUUCACCAUCAGCAAAAGCAUCACUCAAAGCUCAGAGAUCAAGCUUCACACUGGACCUUGUCAAGACUCAACAAAUUAUAACCAAAUCUGCAUGAAAGCCAUGGAGGUGACACAUGGACAAUAUAAACUGAUGCUGAAGGAUGACAUGACGGUCAUGAUGGAUCGGGAAGAGCUUGCGUUGCCAUGGCGAUUCGGUGGCAUGGCGCUGGUGCGCUACGGAGGAGUGAUACUGCAGCUGAAAUCAGAUCUGGGCUACAUUUUGACUUUUACUCCUCAAAGCAAUGAGUUUACCAUCUCGUUACUCAGCUCGGCUGCCAGCGGCCACACUGCUGGACUCUGCGGUGCUUGUGGGGAGGAGAAGGGUAAAGUCCUCUCUUUACGUAAUGGCAGCACAACCACCAACCAGCCGGACUUCAUCUCAGACUGGACUAUGGCUGCAGGUGGUGGUGUGUGCCUGCCCAAAGGGAAGGCAGUGUGUAUGUCUGGAGUGGCGAUGGGAUGUCAGGCCCUACGUUCUGAGGUCUUUGAACCAUGCCACGCUCACAUUGCCGUCCAGCUUUUCCUCAUCAUGUGUGAAGAGCAGGCAUGUGAGGAGUCAGAUGUAUGUGAGGUCAUUUCUGCUUACGCACGUGCCUGUAGACAAAAAGGUGUGUGCGUGGACUGGAGGAGCCCCCAUCUCUGUCCAUACAAAUGUCCAAGUUCCAUGGAGUACGACGCGUGCCGGACAGGGUGUGUAGCGGACUGUCAGAGCAUACAGGCAUUACCAGGCGACUGGGCGGUUGCCAGGGGUAACGAGUCAUCCUGUUUGAACACACCUACUGAAGGCUGUUUUUGCACUGGAGGGACGCUUCUGCAUCAUGGACAGUGUGUCUCACCAGAAGCAUGUGGGCAGUGCGUCGACCAUCAAGGACACACGUAUAGAUAUAUGCAGAGUUGGGUGCCAGAUGACAACCCAUGUUUGAUUUGCAUGUGUUUGGACCAACAACGCACCAAAUGCACAGCCAAGCCCUGCGAUGAUGUCAAAGCUCCUGUAUGUGGACCUUGUGAGAUCGUGAGGGAGAAGAAGGGAUCCAAGUGCUGCCCUGAGCAUGAGUGUGUGUGUGAUCUUGCGAGCUGUGACCUGCCUGAAGCGCCGCGCUGUGAGGACGGUCAAACUGUGGUGCUGAAAAACCCCGGCGAGUGUCAGCCCAUUUACGAGUGUGUGUGCAAAAGGGAAGCAUGUACCCUUCAAGCUCCUCCCGAAUGCCCAGCUCAUCGCCAGCUGACAGUGAAGAAGACUAAAUGUUGUGAUGAACUUGAAUGCACGUGCAACUGCAAGAACUCCAGCCACACCUGCCCCACUGGGUUUGUCACUUCCUCCUUUACCAACGACUGCGGCUGCACAGAUGUGCACUGCCAGCCUGACAAGGUGUGCGUUGUCGGUGGCGUCGUUCAUCUCGUGGGAAGCGAGUGGGAGGAAGGGUGCGAGAAAUGCACGUGCACUGAACUGCAGGACGAAGACACGUCGCUUCACGUUGCUCAGUGUAAACCUCCUGUUUGCGAUCAGAACUGCCCUCUGGGCUCAGUUUACACUCGAAUGAAAGGAGACUGCUGUGGAAAGUGCGUACCCACCAGCUGUGUGGAGACAGGGGGAGAUAUGAGAGGAGACAAACUCACUGAGGGACAGCUCAAAAAUGUGGGUGAAGUGUGGCAGUCCCCACACGAUAAAUGUGUCUUGCUCCAGUGUCUGAAAGUGAAUGAUGAGGUGUUCAUCUCUCCAACCAACAUCAGCUGUCCCAAUAUGGACACUCCGACCUGCCCGCUGGGAACCGAACUCCGCUGCGAAACCCAGGACUGCUGCCCCCGCUGCCAUUGUGCUCCUAUGAAUGCCUGCGUUCUCAACCAAACUGUGAUAGGAGCGGGGGAGAGAAGGAUGGUGGAUGCAUGUACCCACUGUGAGUGCACAGUGCAGACUGGUUCAGUGACAAAAUAUAAACUGUCCUGCAAACAAACCAGCUGUCCAGCUUGCCCCAAGGGAUACAUCACACAGAAGGAGGAAGGGAGUUGCUGUGGCCGCUGUGUUGCCUCCGCCUGCUUUACACAAAACCCAGAUGGAAAACCCAUCAGUGUGCAAAUCAACACGACUAGCGAGGAUGGCUGCAACUCGUAUGCUUGUGGCAUCAACAGCAUGGGAGAGAUGGUCUUGGAGACCAGAAUGACCACUUGCCCCCCUUUUAACCGCCAAGCCUGCCUGGAUCAGGGGGGAACAGUCAGCCAGAUUGGAAAAACCUGCUGUGAAACGUGUACUGAACCCGAGUGUCGGAGGACGGUGGGAACGCUUGACUACAUCAGCACGGAUGGCUGCCAAUCAGAGCAAAGAAUUGAGUUGCGAUACUGUGAGGGCAAGUGUCACAGUAAAUCCAUGUACUCGCUGCAAAGUGCUGCUGUGGAGCAGGAGUGUGUGUGUUGUACUGCGGUGCAGACGGAGCCUCUCAGCGUGCCCAUCCUGUGUGCCAAUGGCACCCGCAGCCACCACACCGUCCUGUCUGUAAAGGCAUGCGACUGUCUGUCUAAGCACUGCACCUGAGAAAAAAGAGAGCUUUUAAAGGUUGAUGCUUUCUGUUUAUCCAAGAAAAAAUAUACCCAUAAAAAUCAUUACACAA